GCCUUUGGUUUAAACUUUGAACCUUGCCUGGUCCAGUCUAUCUUACUUAACUUGAAAAUUAGUUUCAUCUUGAGGUUAGAAUGUGUUUCAGGAUCAUUUGACUAUCGCAAAGAUGCAAAAUUCAAUGAAAAUACUGAAAGCCUUCAUCAAAAUCACAACUUUGUGGUUGGGCAGAUGAUGCUGGCAGUGGCUUGGAGGAAUUUGCCAGCCAUUCCUGUACGUUUAUACAGAAACAAAAUUCCUUCAGGUAUUUCUGGGAAAAGCCAGCUUCUGUUUGCACUGGUCUUCACUACCCGUUACCUGGACCUCUUCACUUCAUUCAUUUCACUCUAUAACACAUCAAUGAAGCUUAUCUACAUCGCUUGCUCGUACGCCACCGUCUACCUGAUCUACAUGAAGUUUAAGGCCACCUAUGAUGGAAACCAUGACACCUUCCGAGUGGAGUUUCUGAUAGUUCCUGUUGGUGGACUCUCAUUUCUUGUCAACCAUGACUUCUCUCCUCUGGAGAUACUGUGGACCUUUUCCAUCUAUCUCGAGUCGGUUGCUAUUCUCCCUCAACUCUUUAUGAUCAGCAAAACUGGGGAAGCAGAGACCAUCACUACUCACUAUCUUUUCUUCCUGGGUCUGUACCGUGCCUUGUACUUAGUCAACUGGAUUUGGCGCUACUAUUUUGAGGGAUUUUUUGACCUCAUAGCUGUCGUUGCUGGUGUGGUCCAGACUGUUCUGUACUGUGACUUCUUCUAUUUGUAUGUUACAAAAGUACUCAAGGGAAAGAAGCUCAGUUUGCCAGCGUAAGUGCCAAAACAUCACCAGCAUCUGUCCUUUGGGAUGCUUGGACAGAACAAUCCUUAUCACAAGCAAAGGCGAAGAUGCUUGAGACAGAAAGUCAGAAACAGCUCUUUAUAGUGCAGGUAGUCAUCAGCGGCUCUGUAAGAACGGAGGAAAAACAACCAGCAGAUUUCUGUUUGAUGCAUCUUGCCUUUAUCUUUUUUAUUACUAUGUAUAAAGAUUUUUUACAUAAAGAAACUUAUACUGUAUUAAUAAAUUCAGUGUAUGGUUUCAAUUGGAGUAGUUCCAAAAGUGAGAUUUUUGUGAGAUUGUUUAUGACCAGGAACAAGUGCAAACGUUUUUAUUAAUUUUCAAGAUUUUUCUUUGAAAUGACUGAUAUUUUUUCUUUUUUUUUCUUUUUUUUUGUUUCAGUGCACAGAUAAUGUGCAUCCUUGAUGGAUGGUAGUCAUCUGUUCUUUCCCUUUGAUUCAAUUUUCAUUCCACUAUAUUUAUUUUUUUCCAAAAGGUGAAUAGAUGUCAACUCUAAAUCUGAAACCACCAUUGUUUGAUGUGAUGUGCUGGUGCCCAGUCUUUGUGCCAUCUGCUGACAUGGAGGUCCUUAUUCAAAGUGUAUGUUGGUGCCAGAAGGGGAACAGUCGCAUUUUGUAGUUGUUGCCCUUCUAAAACAGACUGAUGGCAAGAGGGCAGUGAGGAAAUCGCUUGAGGCCACCAGGGAUGGUCCCUUUCCUGCUCUGCCAUGAUGUUUGGGAAGGUAAUCCCAGUAAUGAAAGCACUUGGCAGUGCAGGUCGUGAAGGGUGAGAGAUGCGAUUGUGUUGAUUAAUGGCAAAUGUUUGUGACUCUGUUGUUUCUUCAGGAAAAGAAGGUUAAAUAUCUUGGAUGUACAGCCCUGCUACACCAUUACAGCUAUAGAAAUGGGGGACUUGUGAGUUGUUGAUUACAGUAAUCUGUAGGUGAUCAUUUUAAACAAUAUCUUCAUUUUCUUUUUAAUGAAUGCUUUAUAAGCAGCUUCCAUGUUCAGCCUCAAGUGGUUUUCGAUGUCACUUUUGGACAAUUAAUAUUUUUUUAUAAACUUUUCAAAAUCAGCAGCACCAGUUACCAUUCUUCAUCCUUUAAAUGAUUCCCUUUUUUUACUGAGCUGUUGCAUGAUUUAUCCUGUGUUACCAUCCUCAAUAAACACUUUAUGAAAUGGUAAAGAUAU